CAAACGUCAUGAGUCAUAUUAUGACAUUUGCAAUAACGAUGGUAUAAUGUUUAAAAACACGUAUUGAUCCUGUCUUAUUAAAUUAACCAAUGGAAGUUUUGCAAAGUGUUUGUUUGUUUUAAAUGUUUUUGUGAAAAGUUAAAACGUUUAGGCAAAUAUGUUAAAGUGCGUGUUAUUCAUCCUGUCGAUCGGUUUCGUGGCGAAUCUCAAUUUGAAUCCUGGAAAAAAAGAUCCAGCCACUUGUAUGACAAAGGACAAUGAGGCAGGGAUUUGCGUAGUAUAUUAUCAAUGCAACGCAAAUGGGACGGUUAAUACUGACGGCGAGGGGAUUCUUGAUGAACGGUUUGGCGAUAUCCCAUGUCCUUCCUACUUAGAUACCUGCUGCAAAAUGUCAGACACGCGUGGAACUGACGAUCCCAUCACACCCAAGCCUAUACAGAGACAAGGCUGUGGCUGGCGAAACCCAAACGGCGUCGAUCCUCUUAUCAGGACAGACAAGACAAGGGAUACUGCCCAGUUCGGAGAAUUCCCCUGGAUGGUUGCUCUUCUACAAGUACAACCCGUAAGUCCCAAAGAUCCAGGGGAGACGUUUAACUUAUACAUCGGCGGUGGGUCACUUAUACACACUAGUGUUGUUCUAACCGCCGCACAUUUGGUCAAGACGGCACAUCACUAUCGCGCAAGAGCAGGGGAAUGGGAUACCCAGACGGACAAAGAGGUAUUUCCGUAUCAGGAAAGGGAUGUCGCUGAUGUAGUGAUACACGAGAAGUUUAAUAAACGGAACCUUCACUAUGACAUAGCUCUUCUCUUUCUGGAAUCAGAAGUAGAAUUGGCACCAAACAUUGGUGUUGUGUGUCUUCCAAUAUCUGAAGUGGAAGGUGAGAACUGUUUCGCCUCUGGUUGGGGCAAGGAUCAGUUCGGGAAGGAGGGGCGUUACCAGGUUAUUUUGAAAAAGGUGGAACUGCCAGUCCUGAACCAUGAUGUAUGCCAGGCGCAGCUGCGCAAAACGCGCCUCGGAAAAUACUUUCAGCUGAGCAAGACUUUCAUGUGCGCUGGUGGCGGUGAUCAGGAUACCUGCAGAGGCGAUGGUGGUUCGCCACUAUCUUGUCCUUUACCGUAUCAAGAAGAUCGAUACGCGGUAAGUGGAAUAGUUUCUUGGGGAAUUGGUUGUGGGCAGACUGGCAACCCUGGAGUGUAUGUUAACGUGGCAACAUUUAGAUCUUGGAUUGACGAGAAUGUUGCCAGACGCGGAUUCGACACUAAAGUUUAUACCUAUUUACUAUAAAUCAAUAAUUACACUAACAAAUGAACUGUGAUUUGACAUGGGGCAACCUAUUAUUUAUUUUUAUAGUAGUUUUAUGUAUUUUGUUUAUUUCAUUAGCGUAAAUCACUAACAUCAAAUUGUCACUUGACAAAUCGUGAGCCGUCAUUUUCAAACAAAAUCAUUUCCCGCCAUCGAGUUUCAAACUGACAAGCACACGCAUGGCGAUGUUACCAUUUUGACAGAUCACGUUUGACACAAAAUAUUUUUAUCGCCAAGCGGCAUGUCAGAUGUCAGAUCUUUUUCAUAUUCAGAUAGACCUUGGGGGUCUAGUCCAGACAGCUUAACAGUAGUGUAUGUAGAAAGUCGAAAACUAAAUUUGUAUGAAAACUUGCUUGUGUCGACAGUUGGUACAAACUACUAGCUGCCAUUUUAUUAUAUAACUACUGUUAGCCGUCAUGACUAGACCCCCUUCUGGGAUGAAAAUUUAUUGAUUGUGGAACUCAGGAGAUAAAUAUUUAAAAUGACACGAACGACAAAUCCAUGACAAAGAAUGUCACGUGUCGAUGCUGAUGCUUUUGUCAGAUUACAAUCAAACGAAACUCGCUGUCAUUUUAUAUUUCAUUGACAUUUGACAGAGAAAGUAAGGGUUUCUAACGUUUUCACUAACUGCAGAGUGAGAGACUAAUUUUAAUAAAAUAAUUGAAGAGAUUUUAGCUAGCUUUAUGUAGUUUUCUAAGUCAACUACUUUUUGAUGUUUUACACAAGAUUGGAAUUUUGAAAUAAAAUUUUAGUUGUCUAAAUCUGUUUAGUGCGUAUUAAAAAUCUGUAAUACAUUAGUUCGUAAGUAAUAAAAAAUGUGAAGUAUUUAGAUUUUAUUCAA